AUGAGUUCUUCUCCCAUGCUGCAGUACACACCGCUGUUGAUGCUAUUGCUUUUGAAUCAAUUUUCACCAAUACAUGGAAGUCCCUCUCCAUUCCCUCACCCAACACUCGCUCCUCAGAAGCCUGUAUGUGGUUCCUAUGGACGGAACCCGUGUGCGUUUGUUCCCGCCCCACCCGGGAUGACUCCCAGGUGUGCCUCACCUGGCUCGACGUUUUGUGAAUCCAACCCGGACUAUCCUUCGUAUCUUAUUAAGCAUCUGAUGGAAACACUAGGCUACCAGCGAAUCAUUGCCAACGAGGAGAUGGUUGACUUCGGUGCGAACAAGCCGCUGGAAGAGGAGGAACAUCUUCAUCAUCAUUAUCAUCACUUUUACGGCUCGUUUAGUCCGAUGGAUUCGUCCAAAGCAUCCAAUAAGCCUUCGCCUGGUGGCUAUAACUAUCUCACACCAACACAGCAAGUGCUUGGUACGGUUAACUACUCGGAAAAGCGUCCAGCACCGGUCCCGCAACCGAUCUACAUCCCAAAGCCCCAACACUCUUACCAGUACAACUCGUACGCUCGUGCCCCAAUGUACAACCGGCACGGAGGUGGUACUUCCGGCCAGGGAUACUUUUACCUACCGCCGGGUUCCGGUACCGGGUCCACCUCCCCGGUCACUCAAUACAGUCCGGCCGAUUGGUUGAAACGCUUCGCCCGGGACUUGUCGGAUAAACACACCCGGGCGGCACGUUUGGCAGCGUUACGACGAGUCGACGAAUCAAUCGACCUUUUCGACACAGAACCGGCCCCAUUUCGUCGGCCUGCGGUGCUGAAUGAAACGGUUUACGAGCGGCUGUUGGUGAAAAAUAAUCGUCCCAAACGGGAGACCGAACUGGGCAAGGAAACGCUGUGCAGCGUGCGAGAAAGAUACAUUACACCGCAGACGGCACUGAACACCAAGGGCAAUUGGAUGUUUGUGGUAAAUCAGGAGAAUUCGAGGCAGCUCGUCAAGACCGAAGUUUGUGCGUCAUCGGAAUGCUCCAACCUGUGCAGCUUUCCCGUAGGGUAUAGUUCCCGGUGCGAGCAGCGAUACGUCCAGAAGCGGCUGGUGACGUUGGAUCCGACCGGCCGGACACUGUACGUGGACACCUACUGGUUCCCGAGCUGCUGCGUGUGUUCGCUGUAUUCGGGCAAUCGCGUCUAG